AUGAGUUCUGUAAUUAUUUCCAACGCGUCUAAUGGAGUUGGAGACAGUGUUGAGUCCCCGCUAGGCACGUCAACUCAAGAUGUACUUCAGAACACACAUCGGGAGAAAAGUAGCCUAAAAGUCUUCGCUAAAAAUAAGUAUAUAAACAAUGUUAUAAGAAGAGAGAAAAAGGAUCACCAGGAUAAGAACUGCAACGAGGGGCUAGAAACACAUGAAACUUUUAAACCUCCACCUCCUUUCCGCUUGGAAUUUCAGAGCAGACGAUCUCUUGAGGAGUUCCAAUAUUUGAAUAAGAUUGCAGAAGGGGCCUACGGAGCUGUGUUCAGAGUUCGGGAUCAGAAAAAAAACGAAGUAGUUGCUCUCAAACAAAUCCUAACAGACAAUCGGAAUGAAGGAUUUUACAUUGCAGCUAUGAGAGAGUUACAAAUAUUGCUGAAAGUUCAACAUCCGAACAUUGUCGCAGGGCGGGAGAUAGUGGUAGGCUCCAACAUGGAGGAAGUAUUCAUAGAAAUGGAGUACGUCCCUCAUGAUUUGAGAAGUUACAUGGAUACCGUGCGCAAAAGCAGACAAUUGUUUUCACCGUGUCACGUGAAGUGCCUAAUGACACAACUGCUGUGCGCAGUACAACAUCUUCAUCAAAAUUGGAUCCUCCAUCGGGAUCUAAAGCUCCGUAACAUUUUACUGUCGUAUAAAGGUGUGCUAAAGCUGGCAGAUUUCGGAUUGGCCCGACAAUAUGAAUUGCCACCUCGCCAAUACACGCCGGGCAUUGGUACUAUAUGGUACCGUGCCCCGGAACUGCUGCUGCUUUCUAAUGAAUAUUCUACUCCGAUUGACAUGUGGAGUGUAGGAUGUAUAUUUGCUGAAUUGAUUACUAUGCGGCCACUGUUUCCCGGAACAUCUGAAUUGGAUCAGAUAAAUAGAAUUUUCGAGGGUUUAGGAACACCUACAGACGCAACUUGGCCCGGAUUCAGUGAGUUACCUGUAGAUAGUACUACUUUUAAGAAAUAUACAACAGGUAGGUUGCGGGAAAAGAUAAAUAUUAAUUUAGUUUCUAAAGAUGGGCUGUCUCUACUACAAGACUUUUUACUGUAUGAUCCCGCGAGGAGGAUGACAGCAGACGCCGCAUUGAAUCAUGCAUACUUCAAAGAACAGCCGUUGGCGACCGAACCGGCCAGGUUUCCGAUGUGGCCUGCCAAGUCGCAGGUGCAGCUCAGCCCUUGA